CCCGACAUUGAAUCGAUUAAUGCAACACGUGUACACAGUUCUCCGAAGUGCUAGGAGGAAGUAAAUCAUAGCAGUCAAAAUGGCGAGUAAUUACCUCCCUCCUGAAUUCGAUGAACUGAAAAAACAUUUAAUGGAGAAACCCGACUUCUUAGCUAAAAAGGAAGUUAAAUCAAAAUGGGAUGGCCUGCAAAACUGUGUAGCUACAAAAAGCGGUAAUAUUUCCGAUGCCUUUGGAAAGCUUGAAAACGAAAUUGCAAAUAAUUUUCGCAUAACACGAGAACAGCUCGUGAAGCGCAAAACAUAUAACAACCUGAAGACAUCAAUAAUUGCAGCUUCCCAAGCAAUAAAGAAUAGAAAACAUCAUCAAGGACUUGAAGCUAAAGGGAAACAAGUGACGAAGGUGCAAGUCACUAAACAAACCAAUCAACCUUUACCGCAAAAAGGGGAUGACAGUGCUUCCAUAGCGCUUACCAGAGUGUGUCAACUCAUCGAAUGGCUGCUUGGUGUUUUGAAUGGCAGAGCUGAUGCCAAACCACCAGAUAUACAGAAAGAUCAACAGCUGAAUGAAAUGGACACGAUGGCAUAUGUAGACGCAGAGACACAGAUAUUUGAAGUUAGAAAGAAGUUUAAAGAGUUGACAGAUAAUACUGAGAGAAACACAACAGUUGCAGCGGGGGCAUCAUCUACACAACCAGAGACGGUAACCACUGAACUAGAGAAUCGAUCCAAGCAGAGGAAAAUUGAGCAUGAAAGACAAACACAAGACCACGAUCCAACUCAUCAAAAUGAACGGAAACAUUACGAAGCUAUUAUACAGGACUUAAUGGGAAAGUAUGAUCAACAUGUGAUGAAAUUGGAAGACAAGAUUCAGACAUUAAAUCAAGAACUUCACAGUGUUAAAGAAGAAAAGGAGGGGCUGUUGACAAGAAUGAGCAAGAUGGCCGGAGACAAACUUACUCACAAUAAUCCAGCGAUCACAGACUUAAGUGACCCAAACCGUCCACAGAAGCUAGCGGAGAAGUACGGCGAACUUUACGACAACGAAUGGACGGACGCCAUAGAUAAAAUGAAUCCCAAAAAAGUGGAAAAACAGGAACGUGUAUGCAUAGAUGUCCUGUUAGAAAUGCUACAGUUUUGUUACAGGGAAUGUGAAACGAUCGCUGACAAAAAUUUAACCCAUCUUGAAAUGAUUUGCUGCAGUUUUCAAACACACAAUACACAACAGGGAAAACUACCAGAGGGAUCAGAGGCAAUCAAACGCAAUCUGUUAGAUGCACAACAUGGCGCCUCUAUUUUUUCAAGGAGGAUUGCAGUUGAUAAUGUGAAAGCAAGUCUUUCAAAGCACACGCCACUGAAGGACAAAGUAAAGCAGAUACCACUCUACACCGAAAAGUGUAUAGAGAUAUGCUGGAGCAUGGUAACACACAAUCCAAGACUAUUUCUCCUGUGGCCCGAUGUCAGCAAAAAGAAACAAAUACGCUUUGACAUGUUUCAGGCAUACACUAGAUCAGGUGACACUGUGGAGUACGUUGUCUGGCCCGCUCUGCUUCUCUACCAGGACGGUCCACUGCUGAGGAAAGGAACCGUACAACCAGUAGCCAGAUAAGGAGAAGCUACAUUUAAAGCAGAUAAGAGAAAAUGCAAUCCUGACAUUUCUGCAGAAAGUUGUAAACAAAUUUAUCAAUAAAACGACAUAUCUCACCAAGACAAUUAGCAUGGAAAUGAAUUUGAAAGAUGUGGUCAUCGUUUAAUCAUUAUACUUUUAAAAUGUCUUCGUAUAAUAGUGCGUUAAUUAUUUGUUUGGCAUAUAUUCGUGCAGUAUUAUUUUAUUCAAAUGAUUACAUGUUGUGUGAAAAGUGUCAUUGUCAAAGUGUUUAACAGCAAUUUCAAAAGUUUUUUUAAAACGUAAAGACGAUUAGCAUUCUUUCAUUGCUAAUCAUAAUUUGACCCUUAAUUCUAAAACCAUCCGAUUCCAAAUUUAAAAAAAUUGUUUCAAAUGUUCAAUAGGAUAAGUUCUGAUGUGUUUGUAAAGGGACAAACGUUUUCGGUAUUUACUAUCAAUAAGGUUCAUGUGCGGUUCUUGAAUUCAUAAUCUUUACCAAACAUAGGCUAUACAUAAACCAUUAAUUACGCGAUUCCAUAUUAUACCUCCAACCUUUGUCUUAAGUAAUACUCUAUAAUUUGUAUUUUAGAUGUACAACAAAUUAUAGGUAUACAUAUUUUAUCCUUAUAUUUAAGCGAUUUCGUAAAUCAAGAUAAACCUAAAGGCACAGCUGUAGACCUAUGAUAAUACUGCCUUUCUUUGCAUAUCAAUAUUGAGUUAUGAUAUAGUGGCUCUGUAUACUUUUUCUCUUAUGUAUCUGCAAAUUAGCGGUACCAUUUAAAAGUAAGAGGUCCUUGCCUUUGUUUCAGCUAAAUGAACGUACGCUAAUGUUUGUCUAUGAAAUAUCAAAGCUUCUCUUUUGUUCUUAAAUCGAGGCAAAAAUCUCGACUUGUUUUAACAACAUUAUAAGUGAUGUUGCAAUAAGGAAACACGAAAUACUACACUGGAACCUGUGUGGUUCCUUUGCGGAAUCAAACUAAUUAAAAUAUCCUAAUUAAAUGUAUAGAUACAACCUUAUCCCCAUACACCGAACAUGGAUACUGAUCGUUGUCUACUGACAAAUUUUGUACCUUACGAUUGAAGUGUUAACUCUUCCUAAGUACCUGGUUUGAUAUUCGUCGUGUGGGUUUGUUCAUGUCUUAUUGAUAUAAUAAAGAAAUAACAAGCAAAGAGUACUUCCUCAGUACUUCCACCUCUUCAAGGGCUCAUCAUUCUAUCCCCUGCUGAACAUCUAAAGAAAAGAAAGUACUAAGAAAGUUAUAUUUGUGUUGUUUCUUUUACUAAUAUAUUUAAUUAUCACAAGGACUUUAGAUUUUGUGUAUGUAUUCCUGUCGUUAUCCUUUGUAUUUGAUCUGCCUCAGAUUUAUCCUCAUGCUUUGAAGUUUUGCCAUAUCUUUUUUUUUUCAAUUUCAUUUUAUUUAUUUUUGCGUUUGAUGUAGAUUUGUUUCUAUUUUAGUUUAUAUGCUGCUGUUCUGAACAGGCACGUUUCUUCCGAAGCAACCAUAAACGGGUAACCGUUACAGGUUUUGUUUAAUUUUGAUACGUUCUGGAAAUAUCUUCCUUUUAAUUAAUUUACUCGUGAACAAUAGUGCUCUUUACAUUUUUAAGUGUUAUUAUUGUUUUUAUUAAAGUGAUGUUCCGUUUUCAAAUAUGGCCUAUUCCUUUUACAUUAUAUUUAUAUUCACGUUAAAUGAUAACGCCAAAAAUAAA